AUGGCUGCACCCCCAAUGGAUGCCCUGGGGGCCUUCACCUACCUAACAGACAACCUCCCGGCUUGGGUCACCCGGGUAUCAGAGCUCGCCGACCACACCUCCGCCAAACACGCCGAGUUCGCUGAGACAUACCGACGACAUACAACAGGCAAAACCCGCCGGCGGAAGAACAGCUCGAUCUGCUCCAUCCACACCGAUGACAUGGUCCCAAUCGCCGAGCGAGCAAGCCCUCGCCCGGAAGCCAUCGAGACAUCCACCAACCCGACAACCGAGCCGGGCGAGUCCGAGAAGCAACGCCCGCAGACCGGUCACAAGCGUCGCACAGACGAGGCCCCGUCUCUCGACUCGGCGGAGCGGUAUACGUUCGUGAGCACGCGGCACAACCUCAUCAUCGAGUACGACGGCUACACGCAGAAGUCCCUGGAGGAGAUUGUGCAGAACAUCGGCAAGGCGAGGAACAAUCUCCGGCGUGCAAAGAUGUCGACCAUGCCACGCACGGGAAUCCGCUCCAACUUGCUGGGCAACUCCCGCGUGGUGAACUCGUCGGCUGUCCUGGGCGGCAAGACGGAAACCACGGGUCUCCCGCGCGUCCGCAGCAUGCGGUCACAACCUGGUGUUGUCGGUGUUCGUGGUGCCAAUUCAGCCCGGCAGGACUCGCCAUUUGACUAUGCCGAUAAACAACUCGAGCUGGCACACGGGCUCUGCGAGACGGCAGCCUAUCAAAUCCUCCGGUCGGGUGACUGUGCUAUGGAGCUGGAUAGUGUGGAAGAGAAAUUUAAGAUGGUGCUCGACACGGCCAGGAAUGAGGUAGCGCGUCUUUCGGAGGAGAUAAAACAGCUGUCGCCCGAAGAGAAGGAGGAAAAGGCGAAGGAAGCGGCAAAACCACCGCCCACCCCGAGUGCAGCACGCAUGGCUCGCAUCGCAGCCCUUACUGCCGCCAGCAAGUCCUCGACACAAGAGACCGGCGCCGGCGCCAUUGAAGUCGAUGAUAACUCGUCCAUAUCAGCCGAGUCGAUUGACAUGUCUGCAUUCCGAUCAUCUCGCAUCCGGGCUUGA